AUGGUUUUCUUAAUCAAGAAAUGGGAAGAGCUUGAUUCCGGGGACCCUUGGGACAGUUUUAUUGAGCUUGUCAAAAAAAGGAAUAAGGAACUACAAGGUGUCCCGACCACUGGUUUCACCGUGACUUCAUCACAAUCAGAACAGGACCUCUCUUGGGUUUUGACAUCAGACACUGUGAUUCUCGUGGAUGAGGCACAGGUGACCUACAAUGAUGCUGCACUCUGGAACACAAUCAUCAAAGAAAGACAAAGUCUUACCUGUUUAUAUAAUUUUCGACUGUGUCUUUUCUGCUCUUAUGGCAGCCCGAGAACAGGCCCAGAUCAAACAUUCUUCACCCCAGUCACCCUUUUUGACGAACAACGUAUCUCAUUAACACCACAGAACCAGUCAUGCUCACCACCUAUUGGUCUAUUCUAUGACAAAGAAGAGUUCAAGGAUGUUCUUUCACGAUUACUUACAUACAAAUAUUCAGAAAGGUUCACUUUUGAUGAAAGUGCCGAGGACUACAUAUUUGCAUUAUCAAACGGCCAUCCAGGAGCAGUGGAAUCCAUAGUCAAUGUACUUUUCCAGAACUAUCGCCAUGACAUUAAGUAUGAGACCAUUAGAACCUUGACAGAAGACCAUGUCAUCUGGUUCCUGGAGGACACCGCCACAGUCUUUGACAAGCUUAGUAGAGAGUCAGUCAAUCGCUCUUUCCCUCAUAUAAAGAGGUGCACAAGCAAGAUUUUGAAAAUAUUGAACACAAUUACAGAGGAAGGGAGUAUUCCAUUUGAUAUCAAUGAUGCAGACAUCAAGUUCUGUUAUCAGAAUGGUUGGAUUCACAGGGUAGCUCUGGAUGGUGACAAUAUUGCAGUUCUGCCAUCGCGCUUACAUGAAAAAUACAUUGAAUAUUCAAUUGGCACAAUGUCACAGCCCCUGCCUGCCAGAUUCAACUCACUAACAAAAUUAUGCAAAGAAAUCCUCAGCAAAUUCUCCAUCAUGAACUUAAGGCACUCAGCUGAGGGCUGUCACAACCUGGCUUCUCUCGUAUCGUACCUAGGGUUCUAG